CAAGGAGAGUUAGAAAGCUGAAGGCUAACCUAAUCGGGCAACCGAGACGCUGCCGCCGCCUUUUUCUGCCGAAUACAGCUUCCUCACCGCCGGCGCCUCAGAUGGGCGGGCAACUUUUUUUCUGCUAGCUCGAGAUUAUCAUUGCGGAGGACAAUCAUCCCCGAAGGAUUCUUCGAAUCCUCUUAUUGAAUCCUUAUUUCCUCUUUUCCUCGAAUUGAUAAGUCGAGGGCUUUCAAUCAAAUUCGGCAGUUAUAUUACUGCGUUCCAAUCACUUGCUGCAACGCUUGGCAUUUCGGACUUUUUUUUUUCUCUCUUGCCCGAUUCGAUUUCACACCAACCGCUCGUUUGCUUGUCGAAUUGAUCGAGCCUGGAAAGAGAGAGAGAGAUCAUUUUCUCUACCAGGUAUUACUCGUCACGAUCAUAAAUAAUCUCCGGAUAUACAAGUACAUAUCCCCAUAACGAAGGACAAGAGAGAAAAAAAAAAUGGCACCGAUCUCUACAAAAAAGCGAAGUCGCGAAGACGACGACUUCGUGCUCACACUCUCUGACGAUGAGAACCCUGUUGAUGUCGGUGAAUCCGAAGAGGAGGUCGAUGGAGAUGAAUUCAGCAACAAACCAGCCACGAAGACAUCCGGGACGAAACGGAAGCGUGAAGCCAACGAUGCUGCUACGGGAAAGGCACAACAGAAGAAGCAGAAGAAGCAGAAGCGGAAGCAGGGCGGAAAAGGAGCCAAUGAUGGAGAGGACGAAGAAGUGGAUGAGGAGGAGGAGGAGGAGGAUAAUGCGCUGGCGGGUGCGGAAGAUGAUGGUGCGUUGAAUCCGGAUUUCGAAUUCGAUGUCGCUGGCGCGAGUAAUCGGGGGGUGGUUGAGGAUUUUGAUGGUUGGGUUAUGGAUGGGGUUAAGAAGAGUGGUGGUGAUAAAAAGGGGGUUGAUAUCGAUGCGAUUAUUGAGCGUAGGAGGGAGAGGAAGAAGGAUGCGGAGGAGAGGAAGAAACGGAAAGAGCAGAAGAAAAAGGAGAAUGGAGAAUGGGAUCCUGAGGCGAGUGGUAGCGAAGGAGAGUCCGCAAAUGCUGGUGAAGACGAGGAGGAUGAAGAUGCUGAGUCUGUGAACUUUGAGGAUGACGAACUCCUCGCAGAAGACGGAUUUGGUAUGGGUGCUGGCGAUGCGAAAGAAAGUGACGAUGAAGAUGAAGAGGAUAAGGGAAGUGGCUCGGAUUCUGAAGAUGGCAAGGAAGACGGAGAUGAUGAUGAUGAUGAUGAAGAUGCUGCUUCGGACAAUGACUCGAUCGCCUCUCCAGUUGCGCAUCCCGACGACGAGGCUUCAGACUCGGACGACGAAAGCGUGGAUGAGGAAGAAGCCGAGAAACGCAAGGCUUUCUUCGCUCCUGAAGAGAAGUCAACCGACAAGUCGGAUGAUAAUGCCAAGGGGUCGUUCCAGGACUACAACCUCUCUCGUCCCAUCCUUCGCGGUCUGGCUGCGGUUGGCUUCUCUACUCCGACUCCCAUCCAGCGCAAGACCAUCCCGGUGGCCCUGUUGGGCAAGGAUAUCGUUGGAGGAGCUGUGACAGGUUCCGGAAAGACUGGCGCAUUCAUUAUUCCUAUUCUCGAGCGUCUGCUGUAUCGGCCGCGCAAGAUCCCGACCAGCCGUGUUGCGAUUCUGAUGCCCACUCGUGAACUGGCUGUCCAGUGUUACAACGUUGCCACGAAACUGGCCACCUUUACAGACAUCACCUUCUGUCAGCUGGUCGGUGGAUUCAGUCUGCGGGAGCAGGAGAACGUGCUGAAGAAGCGUCCGGAUGUGAUCAUUGCUACGCCUGGUCGAUUCAUCGAUCACAUGCGGAACUCUGCCAGCUUCACAGUCGACACGCUGGAGAUUCUGGUCUUGGAUGAAGCUGACCGGAUGCUGGAAGAUGGAUUCGCUCACGAACUCAACGAGAUUCUGACUACGAUCCCCAAGUCGCGACAGACCAUGCUCUUCUCUGCCACCAUGACGGACACCGUCGACAAGCUUAUCCGAGUUGGACUGAACCGACCCGUCCGGCUGAUGGUUGACUCCAAGAAGUCUACUGUCACGACGCUGGUGCAGGAGUUUGUGCGGUUGAGGCCCGGUCGAGAGGGCAUGCGAUUGGGCUAUCUGAUGUAUCUGUGCGAGGAGAUCUACACGGGCCGAGUGAUCAUCUUCUUUCGACAGAAGCGAGAAGCGCAUCGGGUACGGAUUGUAUUCGGUCUGCUUGGGCUCAAAGCUGCCGAAUUGCACGGUAGCAUGACCCAGGAACAGCGUAUCAAAAGUGUCGAAGACUUCCGUGAGGGGCGGGUAGCCUUCCUGCUAGCGACCGAUGUGGCCUCUCGUGGUCUGGAUAUCAAGGGCGUCGAAACGGUCAUCAACUACGAGGCUCCCCAGUCGCACGAGAUCUACCUGCACCGUGUUGGUCGUACAGCUCGUGCUGGCCGAUCUGGUCGCGCCUGUACCAUUGCCGCGGAGCCCGAUCGUAAGGUGGUCAAGCAAGCCGUGAAAGCGAGCAAGGCUCAAGGAGCCAAGGUGGUCAGUCGCGUGGUCGAGCCAGCUGUCGCGGACUCGUGGGCGAAGAAGGUUGAGGCCCUGGCAGAGGAGGUCGAUGAGAUCCUGAAGGAGGAGAAACAAGAAAAGCAGCUAUCGCAGGCCGAGAUGCAAGUGAAUAAGGGAGAGAACAUGCUCAAGCACGAGCGCGAGAUCAUGUCCCGGCCCAAGCGGACGUGGUUCGAGACGGAGCGGGACAAGCAGAUGGCCAAGAAGGCGGCGCUUCUGGAGCUCAACGGCGAGGCAGGUUCGAAAAAGAAGAAGGUCAAGCUGAGCAACAAGGACAAGAAGAAGCUGGAUGCUUCGCGGGACCGUCACGAGGGACGAGUGCUCAAGGAUCCCUCCAAGAAAUAUAAGAAGUUCCAGCCUCUCCAUCUGCCGGACCGGCAAUGGCCCAACAAGACCCUCGACAAGCCUCCCCGGUGGCUGGCCACCGACCUGCGAGAUGGCAACCAGAGUCUGGUCGACCCCAUGAAUGGUGAACAGAAGUUCCGUUUCUUCAAGAUGCUGGUAGACAUCGGCUACAAGGAGAUCGAAGUCGCCUUCCCCUCCGCCUCCCAGACUGACUUCGACUUCGUUCGUCGCCUUGUCGAGACCCCCGGCGUUGUUCCCGACGAUGUCUGGCUUCAGGUGCUGUCUCCUUGUCGUGAGGACCUCAUCCGUCGUACGGUCGACUCCCUCCGCGGGGCCAAGAAGGCCAUCCUGCACCUGUACCUGGCCACAAGCGAGUGUUUCCGCCGUAUCGUCUUUGGCAUGACCAAGGAGCAGAGUAUCGAGCUGGCCGUGCGCUGCACCAAGUUUGCCCGCUCAAUCACAAAGGAUGACCCUUCGAUGGCCGGCACUGAGUGGCUCUACGAAUUCUCCCCCGAGACCUUCUCUGAUACCGACCCCGACUUCGCCGUUCAGAUCUGUGAGGCUGUCAAGGCCGCCUGGGAACCCACAGAGGACGCACCCCUCAUCUUCAACCUUCCAGCGACGGUCGAGAUGGCGACCCCCAACGUCUACGCUGAUCAGGUCGAGUACUUCUGCCGCAACAUGACUGAGCGCGAGAAAUUCUGCGUCUCUCUUCACCCGCACAACGACCGCGGCUGCGCCGUGGCUGCUGCUGAGCUGGCCCAGAUGGCAGGUGCCCAGCGAGUGGAGGGUACUCUGUUCGGUAACGGAGAGCGGACGGGUAACGUGGACCUUGUCACUCUCGCCCUGAACCUCUACACCCAGGGAAUCCACCCCAAUGUCGAUUUCUCUGAUAUCAACUCGAUCAUCAAGGUUGUGGAGGAGAGCAAUAAGAUCCCCGUCAAUGAGCGGUGGCCAUACGGCGGCCAAUUGGUUGUCUGUGCCUUCAGUGGUAGUCAUCAGGAUGCCAUCAAGAAGGGCUUCAACCUACGGGAUAAGGCCGGUGCGUCGGAAGACAGCCGUUGGGAGAUCCCCUAUCUGCCACUAGAUCCCCAGGAUAUUGGACGGAACUACGAGGCCGUUAUCCGUGUCAACUCGCAGAGUGGAAAGGGAGGUGCUGCCUGGGUCAUCCUCCGCAGCCUCGAGCUGGACCUGCCGCGUGGUCUGCAGGUGGAGUUCAGUAAGAUCGUCCAGAAGGAAACCGAGGCUGUCAACCGCGAGCUUCGUCCCAACGAAAUCGUCGCCCUCUUCGAGAAGGCCUACCACCUCAAGACUAACCCCCGAUUCACUCUCAUUGACUACAACAUCACGACCGACCGGUCCCAGUCUCCGGCGCCCCCAGAGCCCGGCAAGGCCCUCAAUACCAAGAACCUUAAGCGACGCUUCACCGGUAUCAUCGAGAUUGACGGCGUCCAGCACCCGAUCACGGGUGUUGGCCCAGGUGCCAUCUCCUCCCUGGCCAACGCGCUCGCCACCCUCGGUAUCGACCUGGACGUGGUCGACUACAAGGAGCAUUCCAUCGGAACCGGUCGUGACGUGAAGGCUGCGACAUAUAUUCAGUGCACAGCAGCAGGCAACCAGGAUAGCGUCUGGGGCGUUGGUAUCCACCAAGAUGUUGUCCAGGCUAGUUUGAUUGCUCUGUUGAGUGCUGCGAGCUCGUUCCUGACCUCCCGCGCUGGUUCCCCUGCUCCCUUCCGACCUAUUCGGACGGUGGCCUUCUCCGAAGAGGAUCUCGAGGCUCUCGAGCAGCUCAACAACAACGUCGAUCUAUCCCGGACAGCUGCAGGUGACGAAGCCGCCCAAGCCGUCCAGAAGCAGAAGGUCGAUGUAGAGAAGUUGGCACAGCAGGUUGAGAAUCUCUGAUUUAUUUCCUAGAUCUAUUAUUCUCACAUCAUCAGCACGAAAAUUAGAAUGACGACUUUAAUUCAUGUUUUUAUCCUUCCAUAAUGUGACAGCGACGUGUUUGUUUCUUUUUUUCUCUUUUUCUUUUUUUUUCUCUCUCUCUCGGGUACACUCCUCAUCUUCUUGCACAUAUUUCUUUCUGGAUCAGUAUUGUGGAUAUUAUGGUGUAGUCAGCAUUGGCAUAGGAUAACUAACUAUGGGAGAAUUCAUAGGAGAGGGGGUCAGCAAUCGAAGGAUUGGAGGGGCACAAAACACAAUUACAGAGGUGAUAACUAGCAUAGAUAGGCAGAACGAAAAGUUUUUUCUCUUAGCA